AUGACAUCAACAACAUUAGAAUGUCGGUCGCACUCAAGUGAACGUUUAUCUCCUUCUAAAAUACAACUUCCAUCUAUUCGUUCUACUCGUUCAGCAUGUGCGAUUGAUCGUGAAUCAACGACAUCCGUACCUUCGACUUCAUCCUCAUCAUCCUCAUCAUUUUCACUUGAUAGCGAAACAAAAAAUGAGAAUAUUAUUUGUUCAUCCAUAUCCACGCGUCAAAAUAAUUCGGAAUAUUUUCGUAAAUCAAAUUCACUUGAUUCCGGUUAUAAAACAUUGAGUGCAGCUAGUCAUGGAACAUCACAUACGGAUACUAUUGAUGAAGAAAAUGAACGUAUUAAUAGCUUUCUACAAAUAGCAUCUUCACCGUCGUCUUGUUCAUCAUCCUCUUAUGCUGUAUCUAAUACAGCUAAUAAUCAAAAGAUGAAUUCAAAAAUUGAAUUCAUUGUUGUUGAUGAUGAAGACGAUGUUGAUGAUAAAGAACCAAGACGAAAUUCGAAACCAAAUGUUGACGCAUUAUCAACAGGUGGGGAUCGUCGUUCACGUAAAAGUAGUCUUUCAAAUUAUUCGGUAUCCAAUUAUAGUGUUCUAUUAAAUGAAUUUUAUUGUACAUCAUCCGAUCAUAUUGAUCAAGCAAUGAAUGAUGAAAAAACUACGAAGAAAAAAAGUGGCUUUGCUAAUACAGUAGCAACAUUUUUUUCAUCGAAAAAGAAAGAAGAUGAACAACCACAGCAACUGCCUAUAACACCAACAAGGAAGCUGACUCGAUCAAGAAGUGUAUCAGAAGCAUCAUUAGAACGAACGACUAUCGAUCAAGAUUCUGCUGAGCCCAUUCAAACACUUUCAACAGAAAUCAUAGAUGAAAAAAUCGAUAAUGAAUUAAAAUCGAAAACUUUGCCAACAACAACUUAUACGAUUCCGGCGAAAAUCGGAAAGAUCUCUACACAAUCACUUCUCACAACAUCAUCUUCAUCAACUGGUAAUAAUCAACCAGCAUCACCAAAUUCGUUUGGUUGGCUACAUCGUCUUUCAAAUCGUUUCAAUUCCUCAGCAUCAACAACUCGUACAGCAACAGUAAUGACAAAAACAAGUAGUACGGGUUUAAUAUUUGAAAAUCGCCCAACAAAUUUACCACCAAAAUCCGAUGAAGAAACGCAUAAACAUCAAGUCGAAUAUCAAAAAAUGUGUCUAGAAGCUAAACGUGCUCAACAAUUAUUCGAUGAAAAAGAAGAGAAACGACAAUAUUUAAAAUUAAAACGUGAAGAAUUCGUUUCGAAAUCAUUAAAAAUAUGGACAAAUGAUAUAUUACCCUAUUGGGAUCGGUAUGGGGGAAUACAAAAUUGUCCAGAUGCAACAUUAAAUUCUAAAGCUUAUAAAUUAUGGUGGCAUGGCUUACCGCCAAGAAUACGAGGAAAAGUAUGGAGAUUAGCUAUUGAAAAUGAACUUGGUUUAACACAUGAGCUUUUUACGCAGCUUGAAGAAAUGGCACGAGAAAAGUUAGAAGCAACUAAACAAGCAGAAGAUGCACGUAGUAAUCACUCAAAAUCACCACAAUUCCGACCAACGACUUCACAUUCUAGUGAAACAACGAGUACAUAUGUCGAGCUUAUUCAAUUAGAUGUAUCGAGAACAUUUCCACAACUUGGCCUUUUUCAACAACAUGGGCCCUAUCAUGAAUAUCUCCAAUUAUUACUUUGUAUCUAUGUAUAUCUAUGUCCUGAAGUUGGCUAUGUUCAAGGUCAAGCAUUUCUUGCCGGCAUGUUUCUAUUAAAUCUUGAUUUAUUUGAUUCAUUUAUUUGUUUUUCAAACUUAUUAAAUCGUCCAUAUUUUCAAACAUUUUAUCGUUUCAAUAAUAUUGAUAAAUAUUUACAAUUAUUUAAACAAUUACUGGAUUAUCAUUUACCUAAAUUGAGCGCACAUUUUAUUCAUAUGUCAAUAGAACCAAAUUGUUUUGCAUUAGAUUGGUUUUUUACAAUAUUUUCAAAAUCAUUACCUCUUGAUGUUGUUUCACGUAUAUGGGAUUUAUUUUUUCGAGAUGGUGAUGCAUUUAUAUUUCGUACAGCGAUAGCUAUAUUAUCUCUAUACGAAGAGCGUCUAUGUCAAUUAGAUACAUUUCAUUGUUUGCAAUUUUUAACGCGUCUACCUGAUGAUCUUAAUGCCACAUCAUUGUUUAAAGCAAUUGAUAAAAUAAAUUUUGAUCAUACAAAUUGUGAAUUAUUCUAUUUAAUUGCUUAG